AUGGAUCGCCAAGGGGACCUGACCGGAACCCUAGACCUGGCCUCCUCCGUCGAAUCGCUCUCCCUAGAUGCGCCGUCCUCUACCUCCUUCUCCGGCGCAGAUCCCCUCUCCGCCGCCGCGCUGUUCACUUCCCCCUCGGAUCUCUGCUUCGAGCUUGAUUCCUUCAACGAUCUCGCCGCCCGGGGCCAAUGGCGCGCCGUCCUCGACAAGGUCUACCACGCUCGAUCCCUCUCCAUCCUCUCGACGGCGCCGCCUCACCAGCAGUUCGUGUACCUCGCCAUAGCCGUCCUCGCCCUGUUCAAGCUCCGCCGGUACCGGGAGGCAGAUCGCGAGCUCCAAUCCAUCGACUACGAUCUCGACUCUCCCAGCCUCCGGUACGAUUCCUAUCCCGCCGCCUACCCCGGCCGAUCCGGCUCCAUGCUCCCCUUCGCCGUCCGCUACUUCCACGCGGAGCUCCCGCUCCGCCUCGACGACGAUCGCGCAGAAACCCUAGACCGCCUCUACGCCCUCCUCGACCUCGUCAGGGCGAGGAUCGCCGAGAGGGAGGCGAGCGGCGGCGCCGCUCAAUCUGACUUGUGGCGACGGAGGGAGGCGUUCGUGAUCGGCACUCUCUGCCGCCACCAUUUCUCCCAUCGGGAGUUUGACGUGUGCCUGCUGCUCAUCCGGGAGCUCCUCUCCAAGAACCCCUCCGAUCCGGCGCUCCUGUCGAGAUUGGCGUUCGUCCAGAUGCAGAUCGGGGACCUCGACGGCUCCAAGGCCACCUUCGACCGCGUGGCGACGAUCUGCAGAGAUCGCGGCGGCGUCCAGAACGAGAACCUGCUCGCAAGGAACCGGGCGCUGAGCUUGAUCGCGGCGAAGGAUUACCGUGCGGCGGUGCGGGAGUACGAGGCCUGCAUCGAAAGGGAUCCGGCGGACGUGAUAGCGAUCAACAACAAGGCUCUCUGUCUGAUGUACUCCCGCGAUCUCUCUGACUCCAUCAAGGUGCUGGAGGGAGCCCUAGAGCGCGUCCCCACGGCGGCGGUGAACGAGACCGCCGUCGUCAACCUCUGCAGCAUGUACGAGCUCGCCUACGCCAACCACGUCGACGUCAAGAAGAGCCUCAGCACCUGGAUCGCGCGGGUGGCGCCGGACGACUUCGAUUCUUCCUGCACUCGCGUCUGA